AUGGAAAAAGAAGAACAUCAUCAUUUGGUCAAGACCAAGUCCCUCUUGCCAAUCCUUAAUGUGGAAAACUACUCCUCCUGGUAUGGACGUAUGAAGGUCCAUCUAAGAGGCAAAGAUCUAUGGAAUGUUUGUAUCACCCGUCUCCUGGUCAAACUAGCUCCCUCUGUUGCUGCCAUAGCAAAACAUGCUAAAGCAAUCAACAAAGCAAUCACAAUCAUCAUCCCAAGGCUCAACUCCCACUGCUACAGAGAUCAUAAAUCAGGGAAGAGUAUUCAUGAGCUAUGCAGCUCUUAA